UGCCACCCACAGUACAGGGAAGAGAAAAGGUAGUCAGAAGGACCUGAGACCUCCAGACCUGUGGAUACAUCAUGAGGAGAUGGAACUGAAGAACAUUGAGAAGCCUGCCAGCGCCGCCCCCUCCGGACGCGAUUCGCCCAUCCAGGGUUCUAUCCAGGAUAUCAGGUCUCAGUCUGUCAGUCACAGCCAAUCAGGGAGCCAGAUGGGCAGUAAGAGCAGCCACUCAGGCGGAGACAACGAUGAGGCUUCCAGCUGCAUCUCAACGUUAGAGCGCUCUCUAGCUGACAGGAGGGCGACGCGUACCAAGCUGUUGAUCCCCAUGGACUCUCAGCCUAGCAACACCACUGUUGUCAGUGCCAUCCCAGUGCCAACCCUGGAGGGUAACCAGUACCCUGGCAUUCUGUCCUCGCCCACCUGCGGGUACAGCCAUGGUACUUUGACCACUCACCCCAAGUUCACCCUGAGACCGAUGCCCUUCCCCAGCCUCACCGUGGACCGCAGCUACACAGCAGGUGGAACGAUAUCGACAGAGGGCAGCACCACGCUGGGGGUACAGCAGACCUUGAUCAGCAGCAGUAUCAGUAAGCCAGGUGUAGGAGGUAAAGGGGACCUUUCUCUCCCUGGCACAGAGGAGGUCGGAGGUACCUCAACCCGUACCAUCCCCACCGCCUGCGUCAGGCCCACACACCCCCUACGAAGCUUCGCCAAUCCCCUCCUGCCUCCACCCAUGGGCACCAUCGACCCCAAGGUCUACACACCCAUGAUGCCACAUUCAAGUGCCAGCCUUCCCAAGCCAACAGUAAAAACAGCAUCUCUGGGGCAAGCUGGCAAGGCCAGAUCACCACUACUACCGGUCUCCGUGCCAACAGCUCCCGAGAUGGGUGAAGAGGGACAGCAGCAACCAGAUGACUCAGCCAAUGUUUACGAACAAGACGACUUGAGUGAACAGAUGGCGAGCCUAGAGGGACUCAUGAAGCAACUCAACGCCAUCACUGGCUCGGCCUUUUAACCCCAGCAGCCCUGGCAGAGAGUCCCACCCACCCAGCCAGUCCGUCAGACCUGCAACACAGCACAGACAGAUAGCAGUACGACUAGAAGAAGCAGGAACACAGAAACAAGGGGCAGGGCACAGACGAGGGGGGGGGGGGGCGCAUGGUGCCUGGACCUCAGAAACACAGAUACUUCUCAACAAACCCCCUAUAAUACUCUAACCAACCCACCUAAUGGACCUCUCUGUGUCCCUUCAAUACUGUAACCAACCCCCCUAUCUGUCCUGUCUGUUCCUCUAUAAUACCCCCCCCCCCUCUGAAAGGGGGACGACGAAGACUCUAAAAUGAUAAACGAUGAAGAAAUUAUAUUUGAUGUUUUCCACAGUGUUGUUUUCACUUUAAAUCGUUAACUUUUUGAGUUUACAUUGAUCAAUGUUGUUUUUGUUUUUUGGUUUCCAUGUUACUGGUAUUUUGGAUUGAAUUUUGAACUGAAGCCUCAAGUGUAACAGCUGGACCUAUAAGACCUAAGGACUGUUUGCUGUCUCCAGACAUCAAUGUUUCUCUGGACCCUCGUUGCCUGGUGAUGAUGUGAGCUGACAAUGGUAGGUCUCACAGUGGUAGGUCUCGCUCUCGCAGUGGUAGGUCUCGCAGUGGUAGGUCUCACAGUGGUAGGUCUCGCAGUGGUAGGUCUCACAGUGGUAGGUCUCACAGUGGUAGGUCUCGCAGUGGUAGGUCUCACAGUGGUAGCUCUCGCAGUGGUAGGUCUCGCAGUGGUAGGUCUCGCUGUGGUAGGUCUCGCAGUGGUAGGUCUCACAGUGGUAGGUCUCACAGUGGUAGGUCUCGCUGUGGUAGGUCUCACAGUGGUAGGUCUCACAGUGGUAGAAUCUCACAGUGGUAGAAUCUCACAGUGGUAGAAUCUCACAGUGGUAGAAUCUCACAGUGGUAGAAUUUCACAGUGUUGCUUCUCCUAAACUCUGCCCUGGUCGUGUUGCUUCUCCUAAACUCUGCCAUGGUCGUGUUGCUUCUCCUAAACUCUGCCCUGGUCGUGUUGCUUCUCCUAAACUCUGCCCUGGUCGUGUUGCUUCUCCUAAACUCUGCCCUGGUCGUGUUGCUUCUCCUAAACUCUGCCCUGGUCGUGUUGCUUCUCCUAAACUCUGCCCUGGUCGUGUUGCUACCCUAUCACAACCACAGACAGCUGUUUGGUAUUUGCCAAAAUGUAGUUUUGAAGUCAUUAGACUUAUAAUCACUCGUUCCAGUCGAGGUAUGGAGGGUCUUGGAACGUAUUGGGAAUCAAUACAGUAUCAAGUGGUAUUACAAGGUGAUAUUUACUUUAUUGACAAUGAGUUUGGUCCCUGUUAAAACGUAUCUGUUGACAACCUUGUUCACCAUUCCAACGGGAUCUUUUUGUUGCCCUAUGAUGCUUUGGUGGUGGUGAUGAUGAUGAUGAUGAUGGUGAUCUUUAGUUUUUAACAGUUAAGGUUGUCAUGAGACAAACACAUGUACCUCAGUUUAUUUAAGCUUGACUGACUGUGAAGGGCGAUUUCCCCAGGGGUUGUCUUGGAUACGAUCCCCCCAGGGGUUGUCUUGGAUACGAUCACCCCAGAGGUUGUCUUGGAUACGAUCGCCCCAGGGGUUGUCUUGGAUACGAUCACCCCAGAGGUUGUCUUGGA